AUGGAUCCUCUUAUUGAGGCAGGAGUUGCCCUGGUGACUGGGGCUGGAUCGGGCAUUGGUCAAGCCAUCGCCAUUGGAUUUGCUAAAAGUGGUUGCAAACGAUUAUUCUUAGCCGACAUCAAUCUGGGAGCGCUUGAAGAAACCCAAAGUCUGAUACAAAAGGACACCCCGGAGGCAAAAACCACGCUCUUCAAGGCUAAUGUCAGUGAAAAGCAAUCAGUCCAGGAUAUGAUUGCAAAGUGUGUCGAAGUCUAUGGGAGGCUUGACUUUGCGUGCAACAACGCGGGCGUUGGGGCCACAAAUACGAAGACUGCGGAUUUGUCGGUGGAAGCGUUCGACCGCGUCAACUCCAUUAAUGCCCAGGGAGUUUUCUUGUGCCAAAAGUAUGAAAUUAAGCAGAUGCUUGAACAAACUCCCCUGAUCUUUAAUGAUCACCGGGCUCAAAAGGGAUCUAUCAUUAACACGGCCUCGAUGAAUGGAAUCGCAGUCCUUGGAACACUCCCAGGGUACAAUGCAUCUAAGCACGCUGUUGUAUCAAUGACUCGUGUUGACGCUCGAACUUUUGCACCAGAAGGAAUUAGGGUUAAUUGUAUUUGUCCAGGGUUUGUAGAGACUCCAAUGUUGACAGGCUCGGGCUUGGAGGACAAGUAUAUAGAGGCGGCAAAGGCACAAAAUCCAUCAAACCGCCUUAUGAAGGCCAUUGAGAUUGCAAAUGGCGUGGUCUUCUUAGCAGGAAGUCUAGCGUCGGGUAUCACUGGCAUCCACCUUCCUAUUGAUGGUGGUGGGCUGCUUUUCCAUGUAGUUUAG